AAAAGCUUGAGCAGCAUACGCAUGACUCUAUGCGAGUCUGGCAGCCUGACAAGCUUCUCUAGCUACUUGAGCGAGCGCAACGCGGAUUAAGAACAACAAGCAAAAAAACAAACAAACGAAUAACAAGCAUAUAAAUCCCACCACACCAAACCCCCAGCAACAUUUUGCCAAGGUGUCACACCAACCAGCAGCAGCAGCCAACCACCAAUCCUCGCACGCAAUAAAAUGAGCUGUCGACGACUAGAUGACGGAGCAGCAGCAAGAGCAGCAGCAGCGGGAGCAGCGAAAAUAGAACGCAAGGCAGCGGCAAAAGUUGCUGGAUGUAGACGCAAAGGAUUUGGAGGAGUUGGCAGCGCACUGCUGGCAUUUCUGGCAGCUGUCAACUUUUGUGGCAUGCAUCCGCCGCUGGCAGCAACUGCACCACAAAUUGGCAACAACUCAACGCUAAUUACAGCUACAGCUACACAAAAGGCAACGGCAAUUGAAAUAGAGUCAACCACAAGGGAACAACAAUUGGCGGAUAUUUGGAGCGAGCGUCCAGAUACGGCGACACUGACAAAAGGUUUCUCCAUACCCACGUAUCUGCCACCGUUUCCGGACUUCAUUGCUGCCGACUUGCCGCACACACUGACAGCAACAACAACAGCAGCAGCCGCGAUACACAAACGUCCAGCAGCCGGCGAAGAAGACAAUGCUGAUGCCGCUAAUGAACAACAGCCACAAUACCAGCCACAGCCUCGUCUGCAUGCCUACGACAGUGAACAAAAGGAGCUGCAAUUGCGGCGCCAAAAGCAGCUGGCCCUGGAGCGCGAGCAGUUGCCAAGGCGUCAGCUCAGUUUGCCGCCACGCAACGUUACCGUGCAGUCGGGCCAAUCGGCAUAUCUGCCUUGUCAGUUGCAUCAGCAUUCGAACAAACCGCUUUCCUGGGUGCGUUUGCGAGACGAACAUAUCAUAGCAGUGGAUCACACCACAUUCAUCAAUGAUGCACGCUUUGCCGCUCUGCUGCAGUCGACGGCGAACGUUAGCGCUGGACAACCCUUGGACAGCAGCAAUAGCAGCAGCCUCAGCUGGAUACUGCUUAUCAAAUAUGUGCAGCCACAGGAUGCGGGCUGGUACGAGUGCCAGCUGGCCACCGAGCCCAAGAUGAGCGCCAAAGUGCAGCUGCUUGUCAUCACACCACGCACCGAGCUUAUUGGCGAUCAGCAGCGUUUUGUCAAGGCGGGCAGUCGCGUCGAGCUGCACUGCAUAGUGCGUGGCACGCUGGAGGCGCCCAAGUAUAUUGUCUGGCAUCGCGGCGAUCAUCAGGUGCUGGCAGACAACGAAGCCAGCGGCAAUGAGCAUGGCUGGUAUACGCAAAUCGAUCGCAAUAUCUUUGGCAGCACCGAGCACAAUCGCAAUACGAUUGGUAGCUUGAUUAUACCGCUAGUGCUAAAGACGCAUUCGGGCAAUUACACCUGCGAGCCGGAAAACAGCGCCGCAGCCUCCAUGCAGCUGCAUGUGUUGAGUGGUGAAUACUCCGCUUCAGCCAUCAUGUCCACAGCCGCUGGUCUAUAUCGUCCUGGCUAUAGCUACAGCAGUUUGCAGCAGUGGUUAAUCUUUUUACUUGUGGCGCUGCAUAAGACAUGACUGCAACUUUAAGCGUUUAGCGCAUAUUUCUAAGUUGAUAGCAUAAAUUCUAGGUAAACUUGAAAUCAGCACGAAUUCUUAUUGCUAUUUUAUUUAUUGUUUUUUCAACGUUAAUUCAGCACAAUUUUUUGUA